UGCACGGGCGGGCUUCUACCUAGUUACCUAGGGGUUUUUGUCGGUUUUUCUUUUCUUGGUCAUGAUACAGGCACGAUAUGAUAAAGUAAAUGAAAUGGGGGACAUGGCACGGUUGGGACACGACAUACUAUACAUACAUUUACACAUUUGGACACAUAUACACAACUCAUCGGGUGGGUUUUUUGUUGUUGCUUGGAUAUAGGGUUGGACUUGUAAUUGCACCAAUGAAUGCAGGACUGAUUUUUUUUUUCCAUGUAGUGCCAUUUCAUUGGCGUCCUUGUUCUUGUUGGUUUUCUUUUAUUUACAUCCGGUUAUUCACUCUACCCCUAUUCCACCAAUGACAAAAGAAUACACACAAUGGCACAUCUACUUCGC